UGACGUAGCCUAGUCUUCUUUGGCAACGGGUUUUAACAGAGACGCAGUCUGUGUGGGGACACAGAAAAGUGUUUCGAGACAAAAAUAAAAAAGGGGGCAAACAAAAGAAUGAAGCGGUGAGGCGGUUUGAAACGUUCUGAUUUAGUACACGAUGCUGCUGCCUUGCUGUCCUGCGCGCUUCCAUCCUGUGCAAAGCCUUUGGAGUGGGCACAACCGGUGUCCUCUCCUAUCCUCAGCAGCAAACAGUUGGUUUUGAGCAUCAAGUGAGCGUUUCAUGCCGUAUACCCGCCUCUUCUUCUUAACCGUUCUCUGGGCGACAACAGUAGCACAGAAGCAGAGAGAGUGGACGCACCCAAACAGGUAUGAGCAAAGGAUCCGCGCCUUGACGCGCUCCGGUGAGUGCAUGUUGGACCGGUGAGAGUGUGGACUAGUAUGAAGCGCAAUGGCUUGGUGUGACCGCGGAGUUCAAACGCUACUCGCCACUGUGGGGGCUUUCGCUGCCUUCAGCCUGAUGACCAUCGCCAUCGGCACGGACUACUGGCUCUAUUCACGGGCGUACAUCUGCAACAGCACCAAUGCCAGCACAGACGAGACCCAAUCACAGCUCAAAACCAAGAAGGGCGACCUCACCCACUCCGGACUAUGGAGAAUCUGCUGUAUUGAAGGCAUCAAUCAAGGCAGCUGUUACAGAAUCAACCAUUUCCCUGAUGACAACGACUACGACACAGACAGCUCUGAAUACCUGCUGCGUAUAGUUCGUGCCUCCAGCGUGUUCCCUAUCCUCAGCACCUGCCUGUUGAUGCUCGGUGGGCUAUGUGUCGGGGUGGGCCGAGUCUACAACAAGACAAACAAUGUACUCCUCAGCGCAGGCAUCCUCUUCGUAGCUGCAGGCCUGAGUAACAUAAUUGGCAUCAUCGUGUACAUCUCCAGCAAUGCUGGAGACCCCAAUGAUAAACGUGACGACGACAAGAAGUACACCUACUCCUACGGCUGGUCAUUCUACUUUGGCGCCCUCUCCUUCAUUGUUGCUGAAACUGUGGCUGUCCUCGCCAUCAACAUCUACAUUGAGAAAAACAAGGAGGUUCGCUGGAGGGCGCGCCGCGAGUUCAUCCGUUCGCUCUCUUCCUCUUCCCCAUAUUCGAGGAUACCGAGCUUCCGCUACCGUCGGCGGACAUCCCACGCCAGCUCUCAUUCUACAGAAGCAUCCCGGGAGAACUCGCCUGUGGUCGGCCUGAAGGGGGCGCCAUCUUCCAGCGGGGCCCUGGACGAGCUGUCCAUGUAUGCCCUGGCGAGGGACAGCGUGACAGAGAACACAUACAGCCCCGAACAUGAGGCAGCCGCUGAGUUCCUCCAGGUCCAUAACUGUUUUCCCAAUGAUUUAAAGGACGGGGUGAAUCGCAGGACCACACCGGUGUGAAGAGCAGUUGCAGGGCCCGAGGUUCACUUGGAAGUGGAUAUGGGCUAAUCUGAGUGCUUGUAAUAGCCUGCCAUCUUAGAGGCUGCAGAGUCUGUCCUUUUUGAAAAAGACCAGAUGAAAAGAGCGGACAGUCAGCCGGACAGAAGAUGAGCAAAUUAGCAGCCAGAGUCAUUACCUGCUUUUAGAGAUCAUCAAAGCAGAUUAGAGUUAUAUUGUCUGUGCUGUAGCCAAUGCGAAAUUAGUGUUAUCUUUCAACCGUCGAAAUGCUUAAAAUGAGCAGCGUGUGGAUCACAACCCUUGUCCGUGUAACGAUCACUAAACAUUGUGGAUGAAGUGAGAGUAAAGUGUUGAGAUGUGCCAAUCAGCAGUAUUCUACCUGUAAAGUAUUUAACAAGGUGCUAAAUGAAAUGUACUCUCCGACUUGAAAGUGUUCCAUUUGUGUGUGCAGUUGAUAUAAAUUGUGGAUCUCACUCCAAAGUCUGUAUUACGUCCUCAUAGCCAGUUUGGUCUUGCCUUAUGUAAUCAAAAGUUUGAAAGAGACAACAGGGUCUCUAUCUCUCAGUGCUGGCCUUUAGAAUAACGAAUGGCCUUUUAAACAUACUCUGAUUCAGAAUAUUUUCAAUGCUUUUUCACGAGAGUGUGGUUUGGAAGUCAGUGUCUUAACAAAUGACUGACUUGCCGAGUUGUAAUGCCUUGAUUGUUUAACAUUUUAGUGGAUUGUUCGAGUCAACCAUCCAAUAUGAAAGGUUUUGUCUCCUUUGCUGUCUCUUCCUUAAUCGUAUUCUUCUCUGACAUUUGCCAGCGGAACAAAAUGUCCGUUUUGUCAGUGGAAACACCUCUGUUCAAUGGCCCCUAUUAUUCACUUCCAUAUCAGUCCGCCAUCCUUCCAUCAUACACCCUGAUGGAUGUGACAUUGUGUAUGUGCCUGUCACAAGAGAAGACCAACUGACAAAAAAGGGGGUGCCCAGAACUGUGAAAAGGGAACAGGUCAGGACUUCCUUUUGCACCGAAUGAAGCUUUGGCAUCCAGAGAGCUUAAUGGAUAAGAAUCGGAGCCAGACGGAGAAUGUUUGUCUGUCUGUCACACCCCAUGUGAGUCCAUCUGGUUGCCUUCAACAGAGGACCCAUACAGAAGCAGAGGGAGCUGUCUGCAACUGCGUCCCUGAAGGAUUUGGCUUUAAUAACCAGACGUGUGUGUGUGUGUGUAUAUCUGUGUGUGUGCGCGCGUGCACGUGUGCGUGCCGUCGUCCUGCAUGUCCAUCAUGGCUCUUUCUUUUAGUUCUCUCAGGAAAUACUGUGUUGUUGUGGCAGGUUGAACACUUUGAGGUCCUCUCCGUACUUUGUGGCCAUGCCGGGAAACGGACCAGUGAUAAAGAUAAACCUGGUGAAAAUGAUGAAAGGGGAAAAAUGCCAUUGUUGUAUUUAAUAAAUGUGUUUGCUUGAGCUUGCUCCAAGAACCAGCUGGGGGUGGAUUUUUCAGUUUUAGGGCUAUUCAGUGGGAUCUGGUUUGUCAAGCGAGCUCACUCAACCACAUUAUAUAAUUUGAUUGUACUGUGUAAUGUGUUUGAUAUGUUGUUAGAGAUAACACUUAAUAUACCAGGCUGAGCUUGUGUAAAAGAAAGCCAUCAGUAUGAUACUUUAUUUGUUUUUUGGUUUUUUUGUUGUUGUUUUUUUUUGUUGUUGUUGUUGUUGGGGGGGUGGGGGUCCUGAUGUGUUUGUUUGUAAUGUAAAGCUGUAAAGUUGUAUAUAAAAGUACAAUAAAAAAAAUGCAUAAAGAUUAAAAAAAAAAACAAUGAAUGUGCAAAGACAUGAACAGAGGAUUCAAAGCAUUAUUUUGCUGAACAAUGUCUCAAUAAUAAUGCCUUGAUGCAAUCUGGCAUUAAUCAUACAAUUAAAUUCACCGUUUUAUAUUCAGGUACGCACACACUGGUUUUGCUGUUAUCAGUCAAAAACGUUAAUCUAUUAAAUAUUCUGUUUUGUAAGGUGAAGUACAGUAAGUAGCCUGCAUUUAGGAGACAAAACUAGAUUUUCCAUUCAAUGUCUAUGUGCCAGCUGUACUUCAGUGUAUGUACUCAGAGUAUAUUGAUUUAUGACUUACUAUUGUUGUGAAUUAAGCACAUUCUCAAUUUUUCCCCCAAGAAAUUAAUUAUAAACGUCUGAGUAUGGAUGUUCAGAGGGGAGGUGCUAGUUGGAUAAUUAAAAAAAAAUCAGAGGAAAGAAACUGAGAGAUUUGCCAUAUUGUAUAAAAAAUAUGAACUUGUUUUCCAUGCUGCAGUAGGUUUAGGUAAACUUACUGGAAUAAUAUCACCACUGUAAACUUAGUCUCAUUUUUUGAUAAUGGAUAGUAGAGUGCCUUUGUUUAAUUCAUAAUAUACUGUAUCUCCUGUAUUUAUUGCCCCAAUCAAAAAUAUGUUUAUUUGAUUUAAUCUGAAAUUAUUUUAAUGUUUUUUUUGUUUUCUCAUUAUCACUUUGUAGUUACAACCAAAAACAUUCUGUUAUAGACAAAUAAACUAAAUCAGGGUUAUGUUGUUGUG